AUGUCGCCACUAAAAGUGUACCUGGUUCGGACGAUGGCAACGCUCAUACGAUUAUUUAUUUUGUGUGCCAUUCUAGUUAACGUUCAAUGCCAAAAAGAGAAGGAGGCGGAAUUCGUCUGUCCGGAGGGUACGCAAGGUAAUGGAAAUUUCGCAGACCCCGCAACUUGUAGGAGAUUUUAUCAAUGUGUGGAUGGAUAUCCAUAUUUGAAUAGAUGUCCUUCUGGGCUCUACUUCGAUGACAUUAGUAAAUAUUGCACUUUUAAGGACGAAGCUCGAUGCGGACCCAUUGCAACUACACCGGCACCUAUAACCGAAGCACCAACAGACCUCGCAACGCGAUGCGACACAGCAGAAUGCCAACUGCCAUACUGCUUCUGUUCCAAGGACGGCACGAUCAUUCCAGGUGGUUUGGACCCAGAGGAUACGCCACAAAUGAUAAUGUUAACAUUUGACGGUGCGGUCAAUUUGAAUAAUUUCGACUUAUACAAGAAAGUUUUCAACGGAAAGUUGCGCAAUCCGAACGGUUGCCCGAUCCGGGGCACUUUCUUCUUAUCUCACGAAUACAGUAAUUAUGCCAUGGUUCAAAAGCUAGCUCAUGAUGGCCACGAAAUUGCGACAGGCACAAUAUCCCAACAGCAAGGCUUACAGGACAAAGGCUACGAGGAAUGGGCUGGCGAGAUGAUCGGUAUGCGUGAAGUUCUACGAAAGUUUGCGAACAUUUCGCGUUCGGAGAUCGUCGGCGCUCGAGCGCCUUUCCUCAAGCCGGGUAGAAACACGCAAUUCAAGGUGUUAGAAGAUUUCGGUUACAUCUACGACAGUUCUGUGGGGGUACCACCUCUGCCGAUACCAGUCUGGCCCUACACCCUUGACUAUAAGAUCGCCCAUGAAUGUAAAUCCGGCACCUGCCCUACAAAAUCUUUCCCUGGUCUCUGGGAGGUGCCGUUUAACGCCCAUUACGUGGAGACGUACGAGGGCGGCCAUUGUCCUUACUUGGAUCAAUGUGUUCUACACAAUCACGAUUCGGACGAUGUAUUGGAGUGGCUCCAAGAAGACUUCAACCGCUACUACGAGCAAAACCGCGCACCGUACAUGAUGCCCUUCCACACAAAUUGGUUCCAGAUCAAGGAAUUAGAGCGGGGCUUACACAAGUUUCUGCAUUGGGCUAGUAACCAACAAGACGUGUGGUUCGUGACAGUCACUCAAGCCCUGACCUGGAUGACUGAGCCUCGGUCUGUGAAGUCCCUCAACAACUACGAAGCUUGGAGGUGUGACAAAAAGGACCUUCCACUAGCGCCGUGCAAUAUAUCCAACAAGUGCGCGCUGUCAUUCAAACACCCCGAUACAAACUUUACUGACACCCGAUACAUGGAGACGUGCACUGAAUGUCCUAAUCAAUACCCUUGGCUGGGCGACUCGGGUGGAACAGGCAUACCCGGGAAAGACAAUUACAUACCCGAUAACCUUAAGUGA